UGACCAUUAAUAAACCCACAAUCUCAUCUUGGCAUUGCAAGCUGUAUGCGAUUGAGUGCGACACUGGCGAGCGGUUGGUUUGCCUUGAGGAUACAUCCACAAAUGGUAUUCGCUAUAAUAGUCAGGUUGUUCACAAGCGCGCUGUGAUCCUUAACAAUAAAGAUACCAUAGAGCUCUCGGGUGAAAAGUUUACAUAUUUUCACUCAUCUCCGCCAGGACAAUGGCAAGGCGUUCACACACUACCAGGAGAAGAUUAUAAGAAGCCCUUCGGGUCCUUUAAAAUUGGACCGUACAUGGUCACCGAACGUGUACUGGGAUCUGGUUUCUUCAGCGUUGUCCAUCUGGCGCUCGACACAUCGAAAUCUAAUCGGCAAAUUGCUUGUAAGAUCAUUCGUCGUCGGAUGCCGACGAGGGGUGGCCCAACCCAAACAGCAAAGUUUCGCCAGGUACUCAACCAGGAGGUUCAGUUGAACGCAAGCCUCAACCAUCCCAAUAUCAAUCGUAUCCUUGAUCUUAAGGAGGAUCCAGAGAAGAUAUACCUUUUCCUGGAGCUUGUUACCGGCGGAGAUCUAUUCGGUUACGUCGUACGCCAUAAGAGACUUGCAGUUCCAGAGGCACAAUUUAUACUUUACCAGCUCCUGAAGGCAGUUAUAUACAUGCAUGACGUAGCACAUAUAUCUCACCGUGAUCUUAAGCCCGAGAAUAUUCUCCUCGCAAGCGUUGGGCCAGAGCCGAGAGUCUUGCUUGCUGACUUCGGAGCAGCGCGGCUGGCAGAUAAGGCAUUUUGUAGUAUGCAAGGUACGAUGUCAUACGCAGCUCCGGAAGUUCUUACAGUUUAUACACGAACAGAGGGAUAUGAUGGCAAGAAGGCAGAUGUAUGGUCUCUGGGAAUCUGUCUUUACAUGAUGUUAUGUGGAUGUCACCCUUUUGACACUGGUGCCACAAGCUCUGGUUCUGGUCGUCAGACUGUGGGGGAUAAGUUGCGAAUACAUCUCAAUUCCGAUGAAGUAGGCUUUGUGAAGACCGUUCUGGGAAAAGAUUGCAGAAGGAGAGCUUUCACAAAUCUGGCACAUCGUGAGGCUAAAUCAUUGUUGAAAAAAAUCUUUGAGUCUGAUCCGAAAAAACGCUGCUCGGCGGCCGAGAUCAUGGAAGAUGACUGGAUCACCGGAUCUCUGGAAGUCUUGAAGAAAAAGUAUCAGUUAAGGGUACUAGAUUUGAUUGAUGAUUCAAAGAGUGAAAACAAUAUCCUGGACAGUCCUGCAUACAGUAAGAUAUUGAAAUGAAAGGGCAUCUAGCCACAAGCGGCUAAAGUGAAGAGAAAUGAUGGGACCAUGACAUGAGCUUUUCAUGUACUUUUUACUAUUUAUGUCCAUAUGAUUUUGGCAAAUAUAUCAUUUGUAAAACUUCUCUCAAUUGGAAACUUUUUGUCCUUUGAGAAGAGUUUUUAACAAAUCUACAAGAUCAUAUGCAGCUAAGCCGUGGCCCAGAUGGAAAUCAGGAGCGGAGAUGAAAAGAUCAAAGAAAGCAGUCAAAGUUGUUUAAGCU